CAGGCCAGUUCACCGCUGCUGUAGUACUAGUCUCUCUCUGAGCUGUCAAUACACGGCAACCUUGCGCUCCUCCGGCUGUCUGCUCUGACAACAUUUUUCUAUUAAACUCAGUUCACUUUCCUCUACAGCGACGGUUUCCAUCAGAUAACAUCUACUCUCUUCUCAUUAUGACUCGAAGGUGAUCUUCAGAGUGUCCAGGUGGUUCUGGGGUUCCAGGUUGGUGUUGUGAGAGAGCAAGCUGCCUGUGGGGAGGUGGACCGCCUGGGAAGUUGUGUUCCUGGCUCUCAAGUGACUAAGGAAGGGGCUUGACAAACUGUUCUGCAACAUGGAGAAGGGAGACCUAAAGGUCCUCAACAAGGGGGAGGAAGAGGAGAUGGAGCUGCAAGGCUACCGUUUGUGUCGUUGGCGGUUGGCUCUUGUGGGCUUUGGGGUACUUUGCACAGGGGGCUUCCUCCUUCUGCUGCUCUAUUGGAUGCCAGAAUGGUGCGUCAAGUCCACCUGCACCCGCACCACAGCCCGUAAUGCUGAAGUGGUGCUGCUACGCUCCACGGAUGAGUUCCGGCGCUGGUUCCUGGCCAGGGUGCGAGUGAUGCUUGCUCCGGGGCGUAACCCCUUCCACAGCCUGGAGACCCAGACCACCUCCCCCUCCUCCCCUUCCUCUCACUCCUUCUCUUCCCAUGCCUCCCCACCACUGACCAACGGACACACCCCUCACCCCUCCGAUGGCAGCCCUGCUCAGGAGCUCAUACAAAGAUUUUCUGACUACCAGCCCAUACAGAUUCGCUAUUUUACCUUCCAUAGCACAAAGUAUUACUGGAACGAAGAUAUUCAGAACUUUGAGGUUUUAACCGGCCUGGAGGAUCUGCAGCUCAGCUGCUCCACCCUCCACUCGGAGCACAGUGCAGGCCUGACCAGGAACCAGCAGGAGUACAGGAGACUGUUCUUCGGAGUGAAUGAAAUUGCAGUGAAAGUGCCUUCUCUUUUCAAGCUGCUUAUCAAAGAGGUCCUCAACCCUUUUUACAUCUUCCAGCUCUUUAGUGUGAUCCUGUGGAGUACCGAUGAGUAUUACUACUAUGCUGCGGCCAUUGUUUUCAUGUCGGUCAUAUCCGUAGCUACCUCUCUGUACACCAUCAAAAAGCAAUACAUCAUGCUACAUGAUAUGGUGGCAGCUCACAGUAUUGUUCGUGUGUCUGUAUGUCGAGCUAAUAAUGAUAUAGAAGAGAUUAUGUCGACUGAUUUGGUGCCCGGUGAUAUGAUGGUCAUCCCCAGCAACGGGACUAUUAUGCCAUGUGAUGCUGUUUUGGUCAGUGGCACCUGUAUUGUCAAUGAAAGCAUGCUCACAGGUGAAAGUGUUCCUGUGACAAAGACCAACCUCCCAAACCCUCCACCAGGGGAGCAGGAGGAGGCUGAUAGUGCCUACAACACUGAGGAACAUAAGAGACACACACUCUUCUGUGGCACCAAUAUCAUCCAAACCCGUUUCUACACAGGGGAACUUGUCAAGGCUGUGGUGGUCCGCACAGGUUUCAGCACAGCCAAAGGCCAGUUGGUGCGCUCCAUCCUUUAUCCUAAACCCACUGACUUCAAGCUGUAUCGUGAUGCCUACCUCUUCCUGUUGUGUCUGGUGGCUGUGGCUGGAAUUGGCUUUAUAUACUCUAUUGUUCUCAGUAUCAUGAACAAGGAGUCAGCGAAGACCAUCAUCAUCGAGUCCCUGGACAUUAUAACUAUCACUGUGCCACCAGCACUACCGGCAGCCAUGACAGCUGGAAUUGUAUACGCCCAGCGACGUCUCAAACACAUAGGCAUUUUCUGUAUCAGCCCACAGAGGAUUAAUAUUUGUGGACAGAUCAAUCUGGUCUGCUUUGACAAAACUGGGACUUUGACAGAAGAUGGAUUAGACCUUUGGGGAGUUCAGAGAGUUGAAAAUGGCUGUUUUCACCUAUCAGAGGAAAAUGCCUACAAGGAGAAUCUUGUCAAGUCCCAGUUUGUGGCUUGUAUGGCCACCUGCCACUCUCUUACAAAAAUAGAAGGCCAGCUGUCUGGAGACCCACUGGAUCUCAAAAUGUUUGAGGCUACUGGCUGGAUCCUGGAGGAGGCCACUGAGGAGGAAACAUCCCUCCACAAUCGUAUCAUGCCCACUGUAGUUAAACCCCCAAAGCAGCUGCUACCACCAGAGCCUGCUGUGUCACCCGAGCAGGACAUGGAACUCUAUGAGCUCUCGUCAGUGUAUGAGAUAGGUAUUGUGCGGCAGUUUCCUUUUUCGUCUGGACUUCAGAGGAUGAGUGUAGUUGCUCGUCUGUUGGGGGAGAAACGUAUGGAUGCCUACAUGAAGGGUGCACCAGAGGUGGUGGCUAGUGUCUGCAAGAAGGAGACAGUGCCAGAAAACUUUGCCGAGGUUUUGGAGGGUUACACUAAGCAGGGUUUCAGAGUGAUUGCUCUUGCUCAUCGUCGACUUGAAUCUAAACUCAACUGGCACAAAGUCCAGAACAUCAACAGGGAUCACAUAGAAACAAACAUGGAGUUUCUGGGUCUCAUCAUCAUGCAGAACAAACUGAAGGCAGAAACCCCCGGCGUGCUGCAAGAUCUUCAUCGAGCCAACAUCCGCACUGUCAUGGUUACUGGUGAUAACAUGUUGACAGCAAUCUCUGUGGCCCGUGACUGUGGAAUGAUCCCUCCUGAGGAUACAGUCAUCAUUGCUGAUGCCGUGCCUCCUCAUGAUGGACACGCCGCCAAGAUCUCCUGGAGAUAUGCUGACAAACCCAGCAAGAUGACUCGAUUUGAGGAAGUCAACAUAAGCCUGGAGGAUGUGUGUCAUGUAGAUGAGCCUAAAACACAAGAGCUGUACCACUUUGCUAUGAACGGAAAAUCAUUUUCGGUAAUCGCUGAGCAUUUCCCUGAUAUGCUUCAGAAGCUCGUACUGCAUGGGACAGUGUUUGCCAGAAUGGCGCCCGACCAGAAAACCCAGUUGAUUGAGGCACUACAGGGGGUAGAUUACUUUGUGGGGAUGUGUGGAGAUGGAGCAAAUGACUGUGGGGCUCUGAAGAGGGCGCAUAGUGGAAUCUCUCUGUCUGAGCUUGAAGCCUCAGUUGCCUCUCCUUUUACCUCGAGGACCCCCAAUAUUUCAUGUGUCCCUAGCCUCAUCAGAGAGGGACGUGCUGCUCUUAUCACUUCAUUCUGUGUGUUCAAGUUUAUGGCUCUCUACAGUAUCAUCCAAUACAUCAGCGUCACUCUCCUCUAUUCGAUAUCCAGUAACCUUGGAGAUUUCCAGUUUCUCUUCAUCGACAUUGCUAUCAUCCUCCUUAUUGUCUUUACCAUGAGUCUGAACCCAGCCUGGAAAGAAUUGGUGUCAUGUCGUCCCCCAUCAGGACUGAUCUCAGGGCCUCUGCUGUUCUCUGUGCUGACCCAGAUCCUCAUCUGCUUGGGCUUCCAGACCACUACAUUCCUUUGGGUUCGACACCAGCCCUGGUACACCAUCUGGACACCACUUACAGAUGUCUGCAACUCCACAUCACACUUGAAUGUGUCUGACCUCAACGACACAGAAGAGGACGACCACAACAUCCAAAACUUUGAGAACACCAGCCUCUUCUAUGUCUCAUCUUUCCAAUAUCUCAUUGUUGCCAUUGUUUUCUCAAAGGGCAAACCUUUCAGACAGCCGAGCUACAAGAACUGGCCUUUUGUGAUUUCUACUGUGAGUUUGUAUAUUUUCCUGCUGUUCAUCAUGUUUCAUCCCAUUGAAAGCAUUGAUGAGUUUCUAGAGAUUGUCUGCGUCCCUUUUGAAUGGAGGACAAAGCUUUUCCUAAUCAUCCUUGUUAAUGCUGCUGUGUCAGUUUUGGUGGAGACCUUCAUCCUUGACAUCGUCUUAUGGAAGCUUGUGUUCAGCAGAGACAAACAGGGCAACUUUGGCGUCACCCCUGCUGCUCCGACACCACAGGGGGGGAUUGAUCUGCGGGCAUACAAGUGUCUGUCCAGGCUUUGCUGCAGAGGCAAGAUGACACCCAAAGCUCGCUAUAUGCAUCUGGCCCAGGAGCUCAGUGUGGACCCCGACUGGCCCCCAAAGCCAACAACAACCACUGAAGCCAAGUCCCUCCCAGAAAAUGGUUCUACUAAUCAAAUCAUGAUCAACUCCUAGCACCACUAUAACUCCCAUUACUAUCAAAUCUCCAUCUUUCAUACAGGAGACACGCAUAUGACGUGUGUUAGAAAAUGCACAUACAGCCUAUUUAGAUGAAGUUGAAAUGAUUAUUGCUCAUUUUUACCGUUUGUGCAUCUAGUACUGCAAUAUUAAUGCAAAAACUUUAGGACUGCACACAGAUACCAAAUAAAUUUACAUGUUAGCUCAGUACUCUUACGCUGUCAGGCACAGCUCCUCCAGUGCUUUCAGGUCUCAUUUGCUCAUCAUUACAUUUCAUUAAAGCAUAAAGUGGAACCCUAUUUUCUGUUCUGAUGUCUGUUCAGGAAAGCUAAGAAAUACUUAACUCAACCUGACAAGAAAACUGACAAGCCAGGUCAAAUUUGUCCAGUGUUUCUUUCAGUA